UGUAAAGUUUGCAGGAUUUCAGUAGCUUCAGCUGUGCACCGCUGGAUGAGUUUGGGUUUGUUUUGGUUUGCUUUUUUGAGUGCGGUACUUUAGGUCAGGGUGCCUGUAGAGCGCAUAAAUGCGUCUAAAAUGUUUUAAAGACGUUUAAAAACAUAACUGGGUAACUGGGCAGAUUUGCUUGUUGCAGAAGGAUUAUUAUAUUCUGGAGUCAUCCAGACUAAACGAACAUUCAGAAUGAGCGGCCCGAAGAGCAAAAUGGAGGAUGAAGCUGUGCUGGACAGAGGGGCAUCUUUUCUUAAGCAUGUGUGCGAUGAGGAGGAAGUUGAAGGCCAUCACACCAUCUACAUUGGAGUACAUGUGCCCAAAAGUUAUCGAAGACGGAGACGCCAUCGUCGGCGCACUAGCCACAAGGAGAGGAAGGAGAGGGUGACUGAGAACACAGAGGAGGUCAACAGCAAAAUCCUUAAACCUCUUGUUUCCCCAGCAGCUGAGCGAAUCCGCUUUAUCCUAGGUGAGGACGAUGAUGGGCCAUCACCUCCUCAACUCUUCACUGAACUGGAUGAACUACUUUCUGUGGAUGGGCAGGAAAUGGAAUGGAAGGAGACGGCUAGGUGGAUCAAGUUUGAAGAAAAGGUAGAAAAGGGUGGGGAGCGCUGGAGCAAACCUCAUGUGGCCACACUCUCCUUGCACAGUUUGUUUGAGCUCAGGACAUGUAUAGAGAAGGGAACCAUCAUGCUGGACCUAGAUGCUUUAACUCUGCCCCAGGUUGUGGAAAUGAUCACGGACAGUCAAAUAGAAGGCGGUCUGCUGAAGGCAGAACUGAAGGAUAAAGUUAUCUACACCUUGCUGAGAAAGCAUCGCCACCAGACCAAAAAAUCAAACUUGCGCUCCCUUGCUGACAUCGGCAAGACAGUGUCCAGUGCAAGUAGCCCUGCCACCUCACAUCGGAACCUGAAGUCAAGCAGUAUGACUGAUAUCUCUGACAAACCAGAGAAGGAUCAGCUGAAGAACAAGUUUAUGAAGAAGUUACCCAGAGAUGCAGAGGCCUCCAACGUGCUUGUUGGGGAAGUGGAUUUCCUAGAUGCUCCUUUUGUGGCUUUUGUGAGGCUACAGCAGGCCGUCAUGCUAGGAGCUUUAACAGAAGUGCCAGUUCCAACCAGGUUCCUUUUCAUUCUUCUUGGGCCCAAAGGCAAAGCCAAGUCGUAUCAUGAAAUUGGAAGAGCCAUAGCUACCCUUAUGUCUGAUGAGGUAUUCCAUGACAUUGCGUACAAAGCCAAGGACAGGCAAGACUUACUUGCUGGCAUUGACGAGUUCUUGGAUGAAGUAAUUGUCCUGCCUCCAGGUGAAUGGGACCCUGCCAUCAGAAUAGAGCCUCCAAAGUCACUCCCAUCAUCAGACAAAAGGAAGAACAUGUAUGCUGGAGGGGACAGUGCACAGAUGAAUGGAGACACACCUCAUGAUGGAGGUCAUGGGGGAGGGGGACAUGCAGCUGGGGAAGAGUUGAAAAAAACAGGGCGUUUUUGUGGAGGCCUUUUACUUGACAUUAAAAGAAAAGCACCAUUCUUUGCCAGUGAUUUCUAUGAUGCGCUUCACAUCCAGUCACUGUCUGCUAUCCUGUUUAUCUAUUUGGGAACCGUUACCAAUGCAAUCACAUUCGGAGGACUACUUGGGGAUGCCACUGACAACAUGCAGGGGGUGCUGGAGAGUUUUCUGGGCACAGCUGUAUCUGGAGCCGUUUUCUGCUUUCUGGCUGGACAGCCUCUUAUCAUUCUCAGCAGUACGGGCCCUGUACUUGUCUUUGAGAGACUGCUCUUCAAUUUUAGCAGGGACAACAAUUUUGACUACCUGGAGUUUCGUCUGUGGAUUGGCCUGUGGUCGGCCUUUUUCCUUUUGCUGCUUGUGGCCACAGAUGCCAGCUUCCUGGUGCAGUACUUUACACGCUUCACAGAGGAGGGUUUUUCCUCUCUUAUUAGCUUCAUCUUCAUCUAUGAUUCAUUUAAGAAGAUGCUAAAGCUUGCCCAUACCUACCCCAUCAAUUCUGACUACAGAGUGGACCUUGUCACGCAGUAUGACUGCAUGUGCAUGGCACCCGCUAUAGUUAAUACCUCUGAUGAUCCACUGGGAGGCAUGUCUGUGUGGUUUAACAACAGCUACACCGAUCUACCUUUAAACACUACCUGGUCUUCGCUGACAAAGAAGGAAUGCCUGAAGUAUCAUGGGGAAUUGGUUGGCAAGGCUUGUGAAUAUGUUCCAGACAUCACCCUCAUGUGCUUCAUUCUAUUUUUUGGCACCUACGCCUGCUCAAUGUGUCUGAAAAAGUUCAAGACUAGUCCAUUUUUCCCCACUACGGUAAGAAAACUUAUCAGUGAUUUUGCCAUCAUCUUGGCCAUCCUGGUUUUUUGUUGUGUUGAUGCUUUGGUGGGAGUCGACACACCCAAGCUAAUCGUGCCAACUGAAUUUAAGCCAACAAGCCCAAAGCGAGGCUGGUUUGUGGCACCAUUUGGAGGCAACCCCUGGUGGGUGUAUCUGGCAUCAGCUGUGCCUGCGCUGCUGGUCACCAUCCUGCUAUUUAUGGACCAGCAGAUCACCGCUGUGAUUGUCAACCGCAAGGAGCAUAAGUUAAAGAAAGGUGCAGGCUACCAUUUGGACCUGUUUUUGGUGGCUGUACUGAUUGCACUGUGCUCCUUUAUGGGUUUGCCUUGGUAUGUCGCUGCUACAGUCAUUUCUAUCGCCCACAUAGACAGCUUGAAGAUGGAGACAGAAACAUCGGCUCCUGGAGAACAGCCAAAAUUUUUGGGUGUCAGGGAGCAGAGGUUGACUGGAGUCUGUGUCUUCCUUCUUACUGGGAUUUCAGUCUUCAUGUCUCCUAUUCUUAAGUUUAUUCCCAUGCCUGUACUGUAUGGAGUCUUUCUCUACAUGGGGGUGGCCUCACUUAAUGGAGUCCAGUUUAUGGACCGCUUAAAGCUGCUCCUCAUGCCUGCCAAGCAUCAGCCAGACCUGAUCUAUCUGCGGCAUGUGCCACUGCGCAAAGUCCAUCUUUUUACUUUUGUUCAAGUGAUGUGUCUGGCCCUGCUCUGGGUUCUCAAGUCCACUGUGGCUGCUAUUAUCUUCCCUGUCAUGAUUUUGGCUUUGGUGGCCGUGAGGAAAGCUAUGGACUACGUCUUCUCUCAGCAUGACCUCAGCUUCCUGGAUGACGUCAUCCCAGAAAAGGAUAAAAAGAAGAAGGAAGACGAGAAGAAAAAAAAGAAGAAGAAAAAUGGGAGCAUAGACAGUGAUGUGGAUGAUUCUGACAGUCCAUACAACGAGAAUGUGCCCAGCAUUAAAAUCCCCUUGGAUAUGAUUGAGCAGGAGCCGUUUUUAGGGGAUAAGGCCUCUGACAGAGAAAAGUCAUGCCUUAAUCAAUACUCUUCAUGCUGAGAGAAUGUGCUACUAUGAAGAUAGCCCAUUAUCAAGUCCUGAAAAAAUGCCAUUAAAUGUGCCUCAGAUUAGAAUUGACUUUGACUCUGACAACAACGAAGAUGUCUUCUUCUGGAGUCGAGGGUCUGAGACUUCAUUGUAGCCCCCUUUUCACCCAAUCAGAAAUCUACGCAAUGAGCUAGCACGCUGUCAGUGUAACCUGCUGAUAUAUAUUUUUUCUUUUUUAUAAAAGACACCUGAUUAAGGGAAUUUGUAAAGAGAUGUGGAAACACUUUUAUUUUACUGUGAGUAGAACUUCAGCAUUUUCAUGGAUGUCAUCUUAAUCUUUUGCUUUUAUGUGAGAAAACUCACUCAUUAUUCACGUUUGCUAGACCACUUGCUGAUGUAAUUUCUAUGCAAUUUAUGCUUCAAAUGAUGAAAUAAUAAUGCUGUAUCAGAUUUUUAACUACACAUGGGGGGACAGAAGACACUCCUUCAUUUUGGCACAUCACAUUUCUUUAUUCCUCUUUUGUAUAAGGAAUUACUUUAAUUGCUUUUUCUGUAGCAGGAAAAUAAUAUUUUGAUUUCCUUUUCUGUUUUGUAGCUCUACCUCUUACUUUAGAUUUAGAUAGAAAAAAGGUUUUGAUUUUAAUAAUGAGGAUUAAAUGUAAUAUUAUAUCUUUUUUAAACUUUUAAAAUAAACUAAGGUAAACUGUUAAAACAGAAAAAUUACAUAAAUAAUUUACAUGUACACAUUUCUAAAUUCUAAA